AUGAAGAGCGCGCUCAUCGCCGCGGCCGCCCUCGUCGGUACCGCCCAUGCCGGCGUGCACAAGAUGAAGCUCCAGAAGAUCUCUCUGGAGGAACAGCUAGCUGGUGCCUCUAUCGAGCAGCAUGUUCGGGCCCUCGGCCAGAAGUACCUUGGUGCCCGCCCUGCAUCCCGAUCCGAUGUCAUGUUCAAUACCAAGGCCCCCCAGGUUGCGGAAGGUCACCCCGUGCCAGUUUCCAACUUCAUGAAUGCUCAAUACUUCUCCGAAAUCACCGUCGGUACCCCACCGCAAACCUUCAAGGUUGUCUUGGACACGGGCAGCUCCAACCUCUGGGUGCCUUCCCAGAGUUGCAAUAGCAUAGCUUGCUAUCUGCACAGUACAUACGACUCUAGUUCUUCCUCUACAUAUAAGAAGAAUGGCUCGUCUUUCGAAAUUCGGUACGGGUCCGGCAGCUUGUCUGGCUUCGUCUCUCAAGAUGUCGUGACCAUCGGCAACUUGAAGAUCAAGGACCAGGAUUUUGCUGAGGCAACUAGCGAGCCUGGGCUCGCUUUCGCCUUUGGUAAAUUUGAUGGCAUCCUCGGUCUGGGCUAUGACACCCUCUCGGUGAACAAGAUUGUUCCCCCUUUCUACCAGAUGAUCAACCAGAAACUACUAGAUGAGCCUGUGUUUGCUUUCUACCUUGGCAGCGGUGAAGAGGGCAGCGAAGCUGUCUUUGGCGGCAUUGACAAAGAUCACUACACUGGCAAGCUUGAAUACAUCCCUCUUCGCCGCAAGGCGUACUGGGAAGUGGACAUCAACUCCAUUGCCUUCGGCGAUGACACGGCUGAACUUGACAAUACGGGCGCUAUCCUUGACACUGGUACUUCCCUGAAUGUUCUCCCGAGCACACUGGCCGAAUUACUCAACAAGGAGAUUGGCGCCAAGAAGGGCUGGAACGGCCAGUACACUGUUGAAUGCGCCAAAAUUGCAUCUCUUCCCGACAUCGUCUUUAAUCUGGCAGGCUCCAAUUACAGCCUCCCCGCUUCCGACUACAUCCUCGAGCUUCAGGGCACAUGUAUCUCUACUUUCCAGGGCAUGGACAUUCCCGAACCUGCUGGACCUCUUAUUAUUUUGGGAGAUGCGUUUUUGCGCCGUUAUUACUCCGUCUAUGACCUCGGCAAAAAUGCUGUUGGUUUGGCCCGCUCCAAAUAA